UGACACCGUCGCUGCUGUGUACUUCAGGGACCUGCGGGGAAGAAGACCCGCGUCUUUCCAACGAGCUUCAAAUGUUCGCAGCGGCUGCUGACAAUAGCGGAUUAACGAGUUUACCGGCGGUUUUAACGACGCUGCGGUGACUGGUUUCUCCUCACUGGCGGAUGUAAACGGCGGCAACAGGCAACCGCAGCAACGACCGGUGUUUUUAACGUGUUUUCCCCUCCGGUUUUCCGGUAGUGACUUUGACAGCUAGCUAACGGUAGCUAGCGAAAACAGGAUGAACAACGGCGGCAGCUCGGCCCGCGGCUGCUCUGGACGCCCUCUGGCCGCCGAAUAGCGUCAGGAAAACGUCUGUUUUAAUCCCAGAGAGCUUCAUUUAGUAUUUUCCCGGGUCUGAACAUCGAGUCCCGUCGGUCUGGACUACAGGAGACCUUUGUGUAUUAUUCGGUAUGUGUAUAAAUACCUGCUGAGCGAUGUAGACUUCAGGAUCCAGAACCGGGAGGAGCUGACCACCGGAUAGCUUCGGUAAAACACCGGGUUUUAAACUGAAACGUAUUUAUUUUUUAUUUUUCUUACUCUGCCUAUCAGGUUUGUUUGUUCUGGAUCAAAGGAGACCUCGGUGGUUAAUUCGGCACUCAGCCCAAACGAUGAGGACUUGAGUACCUGACAAGACCAGGAUCCAGAACCGAGAGCAGCUGACCGCCAGAUAUCAUCCGAGGAUUCCGGCUUCAACAGUCGAACAGCUUCACUGAGUUUCCCGUCUCUUUUGAACGUGACGCGUGUCGGACUGACGGAGACCUCUGGGACAGUUCCCCCGACGAUGGGCACUCAGGGACCGGGCAGGAAAAGGAUCCCGAACCGGGAGAAGCUGACCGCCGAGGAUGAUGCCCUCAACCAGAUCGCACGGGAGGCGGAGGCGAGGCUGGCGGCGAAGCGAGCAGCGAGGGCCGAGGCCCGGGAGAUCAGGAUGAAGGAGCUGGAGAGACAACAGAAGGAGCUGUUCCACAGCCACAAGAAGUAUUAUGGUCUGGAUAAUAAGUGGGGUCACAUUGAGCAGUGGAUGGAGGACAGUGAGCGGUACUCCCGUCUCUCGAGGAGACACGCUUCGAUCUCAGAUGAUGAGGAGAGGAUGUCUGUGGGGAGCCGUGGCAGCCUCAGGGUGAGUCCACAUCACCACGUGGAUUUGGUCUCAGUCAGCAGACCGCCUUCAGACUACAGUGGGUUUCUGGGCUCCAGCUCUCGAGCUUCCUCUAGGGCCAGUUCUGCUCGUGCAAGCCCAGUGGUGGAGGAGAGACCUGACAGAGAUUUCCUGGAUAAAGGCUCGAGGACGGCCUCGACUCUGUCGGCCGCCACAUUGGCGUCUCUGGGCGGAGCUUCAUCUCGCAGAGGAAGCUGUGACACGUCGUUCUCUGUGGAAACAGAGGCGUCCAUCAGAGAAAUCAAGGACUCCCUGGUGGAGGCGGAGGACAGGUACCGUAAAGCGAUGGUCUCUAACGCUCAGCUUCACAACGACAAGUCGACUCUGAUGUAUCAGGUGGACACUCUGAGGGAGGAGCUUAGCGACAUGGAGGAGGAGCUGUGGGAGGCUCGACGACACUGUGACCACACCACAAAGGAGUUGGAGCGGGAACGUCAGGCUCACAAGGUUCUUCAGUUCCAGUUCAAAGAGAUGAAAGAGACUUUGAAACAGAUGGAGGAGCUGCUGACGGAGGUGUCGGAGCUGCGUGUGAAGAGCAGCAGUUACUGUCAGGAGGUGUGUGAUCUGCAGGAAGCUCUGCAGUGGAAGGAGAAAAAGAUCUCGGCGUUAGAGAGGCAGAGGGAAAUCUCCGACAUGGUUCAGAUGGAACGAGAACGACUCAGACAGGAAGUGAUCCGACUGCGUGAUUUACUGAAGAAACACGCCGUCAUUGUCUCACCUGAUGUCUCCACCAACGGGGAGGCGGGACAGGGCGAGGUUGAGAGUGAUGUCGGUGAACAAUCUGACUCCCGAUUGGCUGAGGAGCCGCUUCGUGGCGGAAGAGAGAGCAUGCUGGGGAAAGCUGUUGAGCGGCAGCCAGCAGAGGGCAGCAAACAUCCGCAGGACGACAUGAAGAACAACACCUGGAGCAUUUCUAAAUGCUCCCAGUCACUGAGUGUGGUCUCCACCGGUGAACAAACCAAACACUCCACUUUAAAACAAGUGAAGGGGACAGACAAACUGAGCAGAGACACACGUGACAGAGCAAAUAAACAUCCAGGUAGAAACAAACGUGCAAGUAAACCACCACAGAAAUGUAGAACCAGGCAGGAUGGGGAUGUGAGGACGGUACAAACGAAACAAACCACACCAGGAGCUGGAGCAGCCCGGUUCAUGAUGGAAGAUCAAGCUUUGAAAAGCAGAACCAAAGCUGACAAAAGCCCCAAAGGGAGAGAUGUGAGAGCGGAUACAUCUGCAGUGUCACUCCAGGAUGUCCAUGUGAUGGAAAUCAGGCGCUCCUUCGAUGACAAAACCUACAACAUUCAAACCAAUCUGACAGGAACUCAACCUGAAGGUCAGGCCACAUGUGAGCAGGUGGUUUCACCUGUUCACAGAGCUUCACCUGAAAAAGUCCUUAAAUCAAGACUUGUCCCACCUCGACCCAUAAAAGACAUGAUCCUUGACAACAAGGCGAUUGUGUUGAGUCUCUUUGCUGCUGGGAAACAAAACUCUCUGACUCUCAACAAACAAAAACCAGGAGGCGGAAAUGUGACUUCUGCUUCUGAAGGACAUUUCACACUCAAGUGUUUGUCUGUUGAUCAAAGUUUCCAGAAAGAUGGAAAAACAAGCAGAGAUGGAGAAUGUUCACACAGCAAACUAGUAGCUGAUAUUUCAGCUUUGUGCAUAAAGGAAAAUAAAAUAAAGGAGAUUAAUCCGUCAACAUCAGCAGACAGCUUCAACGAAGAUGAAUGUGUGGAGAAGGUGUCAGAGGUUGAUGGACAAAGUCUUGAAAAUGAAGAUACAAAAUCUUUCACAGAUUUGUCAGAGAAUGAGACGCUUGUAUUCACAGGUCCGACUUCUCAAAGUUUUAAACACCAACAACACACAGUGUCUGAGGAUUGGAGGAGAACCCUACAUGAAGCCAAGGCCUCUGAAACCAAACUGGAAACCUCUGAGCGUGAUGCAUUUCUACCAGCAGAGAUGGCGAUCACUGGAGGAAGACUGAAUAAACUUGAAGUCAAGAAGCAAAGGAUUCAUGACGAAGAAGCCGCUCAGCUUCAGGAAGACAUUUCCUCAGAACGUUCCAAAUGUAAAGACCCAACAAAACCACUCAGGUCUUCAGCUGUGUCACCAUUUGUCCCCAGUGAGCUGUUGAAGGAAAAGACUGUUCAGACCAUCCUCAGAGGGUUUGCUGAAAAUCAAAGUUUUGUGGCUGAGAUCUCGAGAAUCGUUCCAGAAAUCCCAGAAUCUCCGAACCUGUGGAUUUCAGAACUGGAGGACACACUGAAGAAGGUCGCAGGAAAUGUACUGAAUCAGCAGGAUGGAGCUGACCAAGCAUCACUGAGCCAAAAGAAACACACCUCAAAGAGUGAGCUGCCUGUGAAGGACUUACCUGAAGGAGCGAGAACCCCAGAAGAUCCUGAAGACGUGGGAGCAAGUGCACCAACCCUAAAAGACAGUUCAGUCCCAGGGGCGCUGGAAGUACCAUUUCUGGAGGGACAAACUUACCAUGUUUUUGUGGUCUCAUCUAUUUCCAGAAGUAAAGUUUGUGAAGACAUCGAGGAUCUCAGAGAGGAACAUGACCGAGCAGCGACAGGAAAGAACUUCACGGUCGUAUCUAGCACAUGUCACUCGGAGCUGGAAGUGGUUGAGUCAUUGCUAGAGGAAAAGUCUGCGGAGAAUUCAGAGGAAAACCAAAGUGAACAUGAUUCAGAGAUGACAAGCUGCUCUGAGGAUUUUGUUUUUGUUGAGUCCUACUUUGCUGAACCUGUAAAGACCAGAGCAGUGGAGUCUGCUUCAGACCAGCCUUCGGUAGGUGAAUCGACCAAUCCAAAGAAACUAGAAGGGAUCGAUGUUGUUGACAGUCAUGUGGCAGAAGUCGAUGAUCAAACACAUGAGCAAAGACAGAUCGUUGGUCCAAGUCAAAGUUGCCUAGUGUUUCCUGUGGAAGAUCCAAAGGACACGCAACUCAAGAGACAUGGACCAAUAUGGAGGAACUCUCCUGUUGAUCAAAGUUCAAAGAUCAGACGGCUCAUAGAGAUAACUGCAGCUGAAAUCAAGGCCAUGGCUGUUCCGGAGCUGACACUGAUGAGCUUAGAGAAGGGGAGGGUGGUAGACGAUCGACGGAGCAAAGUGUCACAUGGAUCAGACGCUGAUGACGUGGAGGAGACGUCGGUGGAAAACAUGGACAGCUGCGAAGAGGCUGACGAGGACGCAUAAGAACGUCAACCAGCCUCAACGCCAAGCAGCAUGAGGUACCUGAACGGAUUCAGUUUGGACAACAGGAAAGACGAGCACAAACCUGACUGCAAGAUUUCAUAGAUUCACCAGAAACUUUUAUUGAUCAAUGAGUGUUAAUAAAGUUCUACAAACAUGCAAAUGAAAUAAGAUGAUGAUAAGAUUUAAACAAAACAUCUUUUCUUUGAACGUCAAACAAACAAAUAAAAUGAUGUUAGUUGAAUCAUGUGAUUGUUGGCAGUUCAUUUGUAUUGUGUGUAUAUGUAUGUGUGUGUGUGUGUUUGUAUAUAUAUAUAUGUGUGUGUGUGUGUGUGUGUGUGUGUGUGUGUGUGUGUGUGUGAAACCAACUCUAAGCUUGUACAAUGGUAAGCAGUUUUAUUCAUGUCCCUCGUAUGUUUUAGUUUAUUAUUCUGUUUCUUUAGUAUUUGUUGAAAUGAUGAUGGUCAAGCCACUGAAUGAAAUAACAAUAACACAAUAUAUUAACUUUAAUAUUUGUGUGUAAUUUAUAUUCCUGAAAUGAAUUCAUCUUAAAGCUUCAUUAAGUAAUUUAUCAACAACACGUCCAUAUGCAGAAAGCAUCCAAAUUAAAGUUUCUUAUCUUAUAAAUUAAUCGUCAUUACUAUUAUUAUCAAUUCAUCCUCAGAUUAUUCUCAAUUGAUUUUGUGCAUAUUAAAGUUGGUUGGUUUGUUACUGUCACAUCCUGCUCGGAUUUUUAUUUUUAUUUAUUUGAAUUUAGAAUUUAUUCAUAAUGUAAAUAUAAUAUACAUUUCAAUACAGUAUAAAUAUAAUAUUACGUUAUUUGUUGUUGUG